GUUGUAAUUCUGCUAAAGGUAGAUGGGUCACAGAUGAUAGUCGGCCUUUAUAUUCUGGAUCUGGCUGCAAGCGAUGGUUGUCAUCCAUGUGGGCUUGCCGAUUGACACAGCGUAUGGAUUUUGAAUAUGAGAAACUACGUUGGAGACCAAGGGAUUGCGAGAUGGAAGAUUUUACAGGUGUUAACUUCUUGAAAAGGAUGGAGAACAAAACUCUGGCCUUCAUUGGGGAUUCCCUCGGCAGACAACAAUUCCAGUCACUUAUGUGUAUGAUUACUGGUGGUGAAGACAGACCAGAUGUUCUUGACGUGGGACGUGAAUAUGGUCUUGUAAAGGCUCGUCAUGCUGUACGACCUGAUGGAUGGGCUUAUCGAUUUCCGAGUACCCAAACAACUAUUCUUUACUAUUGGUCUGCUAGUCUGUGUAACUUGACACCCAUUAAUGCUUCUAACCCUGUUACUGAUUAUGCCAUGCACCUUGAUUGUCCGCCAGCAUUUUUGAGUCGUUUCCUACCCAGGUUUGAUGUCCUUGUGCUGAACACAGGACACCAUUGGAGUAGAGGAAAGCUUAACGCCAACCGGUGGGUCAUGUAUGUGGAUGGUGUUCCUAACAUGAACAUGAAAAUUGCAGAUAUUGAUGGUGCGAAGAAUUUUACGAUUCACAAUAUCAUUAAAUGGGUAGAUUCACAGCUGCCUAAAUACCCUGGUCUGAAAGCAUUUUACCGGUCUAUAUCACCCAGGCAUUUUUUUAAUGGAGAUUGGAACACUGGAGGCACCUGCGAUAACACCACUCCACUUUCUGGUGGAAAGGAGGUUCUACAAGAUGAAUCCAGUGAUGCUGGUGCAGCAGGGGCAGUAAAAGGAACAGCUGUCAAGCUUUUGGACAUCACGGCUUUGUCUCAGCUGAGAGAUGAGGGUCAUAUAUCUCGAUACAGCAUCAAAUCAACACCCGGAGUGCAGGAUUGCUUGCAUUGGUGCUUGCCUGGUGUUCCAGAUACAUGGAAUGAAAUUCUUUUUGCUCAACUUUAAUAUUGCACGACCAAUGAGGGAUACUGCUUUAACAUUGAUCUCUCCCAUCUGAGCAAUCAGGGUCACCAAUUAAGGCGAUACUAGACAUGAAUUGCAUACUGUUUGGAAGAUUUUGCCUAUUGGAGCUCGACUACUUGGAUUCAGCUUUGAUUCCUUGGGAAUACUGAACACAGAGUAGAUUUCUUUACAUUAUUCUUGGAAUUUAUAGAUUGGAAAUAUAAACUGUGCUGCCAUUUGUUAACAGACUAGUUUGAGGGGUUGGGGUAUGGAAGAGGCUUGACCCUUGACAUGUACAGUGAAUACAAAAUGAGUUUGUAAGACGUGAGAGUGUACUUGGAAAGAUCGAACAUUGACACAAGGUGAUUUUUCUAGUGAACAAAUGAUGCUUAAGUAUUUACAUGUGCUUAAUGCUUAUUGUUAAGAUCAAUAA